AUGGGCGUCUGCCAAUCUACUGAAGUUAUAAAAGCUCGAAAUGUCUCUAAUCGAAUUGACAAGCAAUUACAAGUGGAUCCGAAAGAACUUGUUCAAAAACUGCUUUUACUGGGCCCAGCUGAGAGUGGAAAGAGCACUUGUGUGAAGCAGAUGCAAAUUCUGCACUUAAAUGGGUUUACUCAUGCUGAGGUCGAAGAACGCAAAUGCAUAAUUUACUCAAACACAGGUGAAUUUUCAUCUAUCGUAGGAUUAAGAAUACAGCUGUCCUUGAACAAAAAAUAUUUCCAAGAAAUGACCCAAGAAUCAGGACGUCUUAGACAAAUCUCAAAAAUAUAAUUUUAUUUUAGUCAGGAGCAUGUUGGAGCUGCUAGAGGCUAAAUCUGAUUUAUGUCUGGAAUUUGAAGAUAAAAACAUGAUGGUUGGUCAUAUAGGAACUUUUGGUACUUUUCUGUUUUGUGACCGCACUUUAAAAAUGUUUAAAAAGGGUCAUGAAUAUGGACA